GUUUAGCCUUAGGCAGGUAUCUCAUCCUUUACUUCGCUAUAACCCUAGUUUCCUCUUGAGGGUUUCUUUUUCAAUCCUUUUUCCAAACCCUAUGGCGUCUACAGAGAUAGAGUACAGGUGCUUUGUCGGCGGCCUUGCCUGGGCCACAAACGACCAAGCCCUCCAGGAGGCCUUUAGUCCCUUUGGCGAGAUCCUUGAAUCGAAGAUCAUCAAUGAUAGAGAGACUGGCAGAUCUCGCGGGUUUGGAUUCGUGACCUUCAACAACGAGAAGUCGAUGAGAGAUGCUAUUGAAGGAAUGAACGGUCAGAAUCUCGACGGCCGUAACAUUACCGUUAACGAAGCUCAAUCCCGCGGAAGCGGAGGUGGUGGCGGUGGAUACAGCCGUGGCGGCAGCGGUGGCGGCUAUGGUGGUGGCGGACGACGUGAAGGUGGAUACGGUGGUGGUUACAACCGCGGAGGUGGUGGAUAUGGCGGUGGUGGUUACGGUGGGGGUCGGGACCGUGGAUAUGGUGAUGGUGGAUCUCGUUACUCAAGGGGUGGUGGUGCAUCUGACGGGAACUGGAGGAAUUAGGAAGUAGUAGUUCUGGCUUUGUUGUUUGCUUGUGAGUUGUGUUGGUUUUAUGAUUCCUGUAGGGUGCUCUGUCAGUGUUGUUCCUUGAAUGAUGAUGUAGAUCAUUUUUGAUCGAUGAUUAUGUUUUUGUCUAUAGAUCUUGUUUGCAAGUUCUAUGAGAAAAAUUUCAGUUUCCUAUCA